AUGCCUGGCUGGAAUCCGGACGCGCUCGUGUCGCGAAAGGUUGCGACGCACGCGGCCAUCAGUGAUGUGGGAAGCACAUCGGAUGCAUGGCGCAGUGCGGCCGCAAAGCAUGAGCAGAAGCGGUGGGCGGAGCAGAGCGAAAAAGCGCUUCAAAGCGACGCCACCUUUAAGCGACACCAGACGAAUGUCGACAAGGCCCUGUCGCGUUUCGAGAACGUGGGCGAAUGGGCUGAUUUUAUCUCGUUUUUGUCGCGUCUAUUGAAGACGCUGCAGAGCGCGCCCAAGUUCAAUGCAAUUCCGCACAAGCUCAUCGUGGCGAAGCGCUUGUCGCAGUGCUUGAACCCUGCGUUGCCGUCUGGCGUGCAUACGCGUGCACUGGACGUGUACAGCCACAUAUUUUCGGUGAUUGGCGUCGAGGGACUGCGCCGCGACCUGCCGGUGUGGACGCCGGGCUUGCUGCCUUUUUUCCAGAACGCAGCGACGUCAGUGCGCCCAGCCGUGCUGCAUCUCCUCGAUCAGUACUAUGUGCCGCUCGGCGCAGACCUGCGUCCCGUUACGCGUGCAUUGCUCCUAUCGUUGCUACCUGGCCUCGAGGAAGAGUCGGGCGAGUUUUUCGACCGCGUCGUUGGUCUGCUGGACCAGAUCGCGACGUCGGUUGGCCGCGAAUUCUUUUUGCAGACAACGUGGCUGGUUUUGAUCUCUUCGCAGCCAAUCCGCCUGAGUGCCUUGAACUAUCUUGCGCGACGCAUGCCUAAGCUCAAAGGGUCCAAGGCCGAUCCGGAGGUCUCAAUUGAUCAGAGUGAGACGUCGGUCGAUAUCGUCGAGGACGAAGGCAUUCCCCUCACGAGCCUGCGCCCCGGGCUCUUGGUGCGUGGCUUCAUGCACACGCUCGGUGACGAUUCUCUGCUUGUGCGCCGCAAUGCGCUCGACUUUUUGGUGAGCCAUCUGCCGCUCGCCUCGCAGGCUUUUUCGGAAGUUGCCCCGGGCGACCGUGUGCUGCUGAUCGACGCCGCGAUUAGUGCCGUGCUGCGCCGUGAUAUUAGUCUGAAUCGCCGCUUGUACGCGUGGCUCCUGGGCGCAAAUGACGACGAGGACACGCAACAGGCCUACUUUGUACAGCACGCUCUUCCUUACGCGACAAGCGCGCUGCGCACCGCUAUGCAGGUCAAACCAUCGGACGCUGCGGCAGUCCAGCGGCCGUACAAAAUCCUUGUCUCGCUCAUGGACAAGAGUGCUGUCGGUCAGCCGCUGCUGCGUGCAAUUAUCCUCGACGCGUUCCAUGCACUUGUCCAUGAUACCCAUCUCAACCCGAGUUCGGAGCUCUUUCCUACGGCCCAGAUGCUCUUUGAGGCUGUGGACACCUUUGUGCUGUACCAGCAGCUGUUCUUGGCGCUGCGUGACGAGCUGCAGCAAGAGACAAGCGAUGUUGCAAAGCGGUGUGGCUCGGCCAUCCAACUCUUUCACGAGAUCCUCGUGGUGUUUGACCACCACGACGAGGAUGCGGUCGCGGUGCACCUCCCGAUUCUUUACCUCGCCCUAGUGGAUAUGGUGCAAAGAGGUAUUGAGAGUAAACGCAUCGGCGCACCUCUCGUGCUCAACGUGCUGGCGCUGCUCGAAACGCUCCAGGAAGCACUACCGCCACGCGUCUACGUCCAGGACACACAGUCGGUUCAGAAACCGCUGGGGUAUGCCGCGACGUACGUGUACGUCGACGGCGGCGCGCUGGAUCAUGCCGCGACGUUACAGGACCAAGGUCAAGUGACGCACCUGGUCGAGACGCUGCUGCGCAUCGGCCUCACGCUCGGCCCCGCGUCAUCUUGGAGCAAGGAGGAGCGCCGUAUGAUCUCUACGCGGUGCUUCUCGCUGCUGGUUGCCACACUGGAGCGCCUGGAUGCUGCGCGCGGCGUGCUGAACGCGUCGUCGGAUGAGGCGCCGCCUACGACCCUCGGUGCCUUUGACGCACAGGCAUGGGACGUGAAAACGUUUGCGCACCUGUCGAAGCCGACAUCUUUUGCCGAGUACGCGCUCCUGCUCAAGGUCGCCAUGGGGAUGUCGCUGAGCGACGCUGUGCCGGGCUCGUUCCGCUUCGACCUGUUUGAAUCGUACGAGUCUACCCUGCUGCCCUUGCUUGCAUAUCUGCAGCCGAGCGAGUUUGCGCACCACGCCGAGGCCGCCGAUUUGUUCUGGGCGGUGAAGAGCAUGUCGCAGAACGACUAUGCGACAAGCAUUCUGUGCUCGCGUAUUUUGGAGCGCACAACGCGUGGCGAAGCGCUGCAUGCGCUCGGCACGCUGUGGCGCCUCGGUGAGGGAUCCAGCCACGCGCAGGAGCUCACUGCGCCGAUGCUCAUUGUGCUUGAUCAGCUACGCUCGCACAGCAUUCAAGAACGGAGCGACUGUGCGAUGUGGCUGCGCACCUAUCUCGGCUCCUAUGACACGCUCUUUUCCAUGGUGCUCGACCGCCUGCUCAGCAUCCACGCCGAGCGCACGCCGCAGACAGUCACCGUGGCGGAGCAGGCGCUGCAGGCCUAUGUUUACGCGGAACCAUUCGAUCAGGACGAACAGAACUACUACCUUGCCACGCUUACGUCCUUACUGGACGUCGGCGGUGCCCAUCUCGUGGCAUCGGCGCGCGAUAUGCCGCGUGGCGAUGCGAUGGCGAUUGAUGCUUUGACUGCACACCUCGUCGUCCUCCUGCGCUCCGCACCGCCUGCCAAGGAUUGGCUCGCGGAAGGCAAUGAGGUGACGCAUGCCCUCGCGCUGUCGCUGCUGCAGCAGAUCCUCGCUGCAGACACGUUAGAUCGCGCCUGGUGUACCGAUGUGCAGCACCACCUCGUCGAGAUAUUGCUCAUUGCUUUGUACCGGCGCAACGGCGCAACGCAGAUCGCUGUGCUCCGCACGCUCCUCGAGGUCGUGCAGAAGCGGUCCGAUACGCUUGACGACGACACGAGUGUGCUCUUUACCGAGCUCAUCAAGCGCGGUCUGCAGUCGACGCCUAAUGAUGCGGCGUUUUUUGCGUGGACCGAGUUUGUGCACCGUAUUUUGCCGCUUGCGCGCGAUUCCGUGAAUGAGCUCCUGCUCCCGCUGUGCGCAGCUGUGUGCGAGCUGCUUGCCGAAGCACUCGACAUGCUUGCAGCACAGUGCGGCGACGCCGAGUGGCGCCAGGCUUUUGUGCCUGCACGCACAGUCCAUCCGCAGCGCACGCCUGCUACCGAGCUCGAGAUCGCGCAGUUAAUCAGUGUUGUUGAGCAUGCGCUGCUCCAGGCCAUGUCGAGCGGGCAGCUGAUCGAGGCCGAACGCCUUGCCGAUCUCGAGCUCACCGCAUCGACUGGCUUCCUCGGCAACAUCUCGAGCGUCUUUACGAGCGACACGGCAUCCGGUACGCCGGCUGUCAAUCCUUCGCCGGUGCUGCGGACUGCGUCUCAAGUCGUGCACACGCUCGAAUACGCGUGGGUCAUCUCCAAAGGCCUCGAUGCGCACUUCCUGCCGAACGUGUACAAGCGCAGCACGGCCAGCUUGGAGCGCCUGUACCGCAUGCAAACCACGUCGGCCGUGGAGGCGGUCAUUGAGAACUGGUGGAUCCGUGCAUUCCAAGACUCGGACGAUGCACGCACGCGAAUCGUCAAUCGCGAAACGGUGGCACUGCUUGAAUGCCUCACGUCCAGUCCGCAGGUGCUUGUCUCAUCGCUCAGUGACGCGAUCCUCUCACGCACGGCACAGACCAAUGAGCGCAAAAAGAGCACCGCGCGGACGUUGGUCGGCGAGCUGGUCCUCUUCCGCUUCCUCGAGCAGUACCUCAACGGCCUCGACACGACGGCCAUUGUCCAGGUCUGGCCGCUGAUUUCGCUUCUUGCAAAGAACAUCUCGAGCAAUCAUGCGGCAAACAAGGCGCUGAUCUACCACACGCUGCGCAUUGUUACAACGGUUGGCACGCCCCUCGCGCUCUCUCGCGCCUACGAGGACCGCAGGACGCGCCGUGACGUGCAAGACACAUUUGUGCGUCUGUGCGAACAAGUGAUUUCGCUCUAUGCACGCGCGCUCGAUAUCUCGGCAGCGCGCCGCAAUGCCAAGGACAGUGACGCACUGUCGGGCAUGGAUACCCCGGAGGAUGCAAGCACUGCAACGACGACUGCAGCGCCGGCUCCGGCGUACGUCGUCAGCUACAUAAGCGCUGCCGUGCUGCCUGCGUUUACCACCUUUGCGAUCGAGACAGACAGGGUGGUGGCACUCUGUACGAGUCUCGUGUACUAUGUCCUCGCGCCUGGAUUCCGUGCGCGUGCACGGUCCAUGGACGUGGACCCGUUGGUGCUCGAGAUGUUGAGCAGCAUGUGUCGCGUCUCGGGCACGAUCAAGACGUGGCGUGCGCUGGUGCUUGACACGAUCCUCGACCCCAAGUUCUUUUCGCUAUCACCGGCAACUGGGAAGCAGUGGGCCGAGAUGGUCGCGGCGCUAUAUGCGGCCGAGCGCGAUCGCCUCGUCGAUGUGAUCGGUCGCAUCUCCAAUACUCCGACGAACAACCUGUUCACCUCGCGCGAGACCGACUUGAUGGCGCGUGCGGUGAGCAUUCGGCGCUUGUCGUACUCGAUCUAUGCGGGCGGGCGUGAUGUAUUCCUGGCGCAGCUUCCUCAAAUCCAAGAAAAGGUGGUCGACAUUCUGCGUUCCAAUGCACCGGAGCUCGUACAGGCCGAAAUCUACCUGUGUAUGCGCGUGCUCCUCUGCCGCUUUGCAUCGCAGCAUCUCACUGGUUUCUGGCCGAUUAUCUUGACAGAGUUGUUGCGCCUCUUUGGUAUGGCCAAGACGGAGCUGCCGCAGGACAACACGGACUCGAUGCAUCUACUGUUUAGCACGUCGAAAUUGGUGGAUUACUUGCUCACGCUACAAACGGAAGAUUUCCAGAUCCACCAGUGGCUGCUUAUUACCGACACGCCCGACGCCAUCGAUCCUCCGCCGGAAUGGCUCGCUGAGUCUUUGUUGGAUGCCAUUGGCAAUCUUGCGAUCGAGCAUAACCGUACCGCGACACCGGAGCCGUAUGUCUGCGAGCCGGGGCACAAGCGGCGCCCGAUGCUGCAAACGGCGCGCGCGGAUACCGCGGCGGCACUCGUCCCGUUCUUUAUGCAUGCGUCGGAAGCGUUCUACGCCAAUGAGUACACAUGCUCCGAGCUCGACUGGGACAAUAUCAACCACGGCUUGCUAUGUGAUCUGUUUGAACCCAUCGUAAUUAAGUCAUAG